CGAAUCUCCUGCGUUCAAGACUUGCGUUUUAGCCCUCGUUCUUAAACUCCCCCUCCAAAGCGUUUUUUGACAGUGCAACUGUUUGCGUGCGCCCUGUGAUCACGUCAAAUACCAUGACAUUUAGAGCUCAGGCUUGCCGAUCUCGGUGAUGCGACCGACUUCAGUUGAACUACAUCCACUUUCACCAACACGCGAUCACGCUGGUCUGGCACAUAGUCGAACCGCUGUCAUGGCGCCAGAUAGGGGUGAGUCUCCCAGAAAUCCGAGCAGAGGUGCGCAGCAUGCGCCCUUCGCCGCAGACGCCGAGGACCAGCCGUCACGAUCAACCACCACUGCAAAACUUCUCGCGAAUCGGGCGGGCGAGGCCCAAAACUUCACGUUCAGAGGCGUCGCUGUGGGCCUGGUGAUUGGCGUGGUCAUAUGUUUCUCUAAUAUGUACUUCGGGCUGCAGACCGGCUGGGUCAGCGGCAUGGCGAUGCCGUCGGCGCUCUUGGGCUUCGCAUACUUUAGAGCCGUCUCGCCGCUCUUGUCAUACCCAUUCACACCCGUAGAGAACGUCCUGGUCCAAAGCGUCGCGGGAUCCGUGGGAACCAUGCCACUGGGUUGCGGCUUCGUGGGCGUGCUGCCAGCGCUGAACUACCUGCUGACGCCGGAGGAGAAUGGUCCUCUUAAGACGGGGCUUUGGAAGCUUGUGGUGUGGGCUGUCGGCAUCGCCUUUUUCGGCGUGGUGAUAGCGGUCCCGUUACGGAAGCAGUUCAUCAUUCGCGAGAAGUUGAAGUUCCCCAGCGGAACGGCCACGGCGUUGAUGAUCGGUGUUCUACACGGAGAGAAAGGCAAUGCCAACAUUGUCACGCAGGACGCGAACAAGAUCCAAGACGAAGAGGUUGACAACGCCCAGCAAGGCGCCGAAUCGCCCGCGCAGUCCACCGAGAUUGACGUUUUAAAAGACACCGAGGACUUUAGGGACUGGAAAGCAAAGAUACGUUUGCUAUUUAUAUCCUUUGGCGUAUCCGCUUUCUAUACACUCAUAUCGUACUUCAUCCCUCAGAUACGAGACAUUCCCAUCUUUGGUUCCUCUUUAGCGAGCACUUGGCUAUGGACACUCAACCCCUCGCCUGCGUAUGUUGGCCAAGGAAUUAUCAUGGGUCCGGCAACGACCAUGCACAUGUUGUUGGGGGCAAUCGCGGGAUGGGGGAUAUUAUCACCGUUGGCAAAGUCCAAGGGGUGGGCACCGGGUCCCGUCGGUGACUGGACAACCGGUAGCAAGGGCUGGAUAGUGUGGAUCAGUCUAGCAAUCAUGUUGGCGGACUCUCUCGUCAGCCUUGGCUGGCUCAUUUUAAGGCCUAUUAUCAACCAUUGGUCUAGCUUCGUUAGACAUUGUCGACGCGCCUACCACACUGGCGACUGGAAAACAUUGGCAGAGUACCGCCCAGCUUCAAGGCAAGGCUACGCGGCUGUGAGCGGUUCAGAGACCGCAGAGACGUUCUUAGAUCCGUCACGCUUGGACGCUCCGUCAGAUGAUGAUCCAGAGGCCGAUGCUCCGCCUUCGCGUCAAAUCGGCGUUCGCGCUACCUUGAUCGGUUUGGUCCUAUCCCUAGUCCUAUGCAUUGGAGCCGUCCAUUACGCUUUUGCAGACCUGAUACCAGUCCGGCUCACCAUUCUCGCCCUAGUCCUGGCACUGUUACUCUCUGUUAUGGGUGUCCGGGCACUCGGCGAAACGGAUCUAAACCCCGUGUCCGGAAUCUCCAAACUCACACAACUGCUCUUCGCCUUCGUCGUGCCGCGGAGCAAUAAGAAUGCUGUCAUCAUCAACCUCAUUGCCGGAGCUCUGUCUGAAAGUGGCGCUUUGCAAGCCGGCGAUCUACUGCAGGAUUUGAAAGCAGGGCACCUAGUGGGCGCAGCGCCUAGCGCACAGUUCUACGGCCAAAUCAUUGGCUCGGCAGUGGGUGCGGUGCUUUCUGCUGCCGUGUACAAGCUGUACACGCAUGUAUAUACCAUACCUGGCGGCAUGUUUGAAGUACCCACAGGCUUCGUGUGGAUUUUCACGGCUAGGCUUGUCACGGGUCAAGGUCUGCCAGAGAAAGUGCCUAUCUGGGCCUUAGGAAGCGGGAUUCUCUUCGCACUCUCUACAGCCGCACGGACUUGGACCAGGACGCAGAUCGGCUGGCGGAGAAAGCUGACUGGCUACAUACCUGGUGGCAUCGCUGUCGCUGUCGGUAUGUAUAAUACACCUUCGUUCACGCUUGCACGCGCUAUCGGAGGGAUCAUCCAGCUGUAUUGGACGAAGUAUAUGAAGCGGAACGAAACUCCUAUCAUCGUGCUUGCAAGCGGUUUGAUUCUCGGGGAAGGUCUGUUCAGCAUUGUAAAUCUUCUACUGGCGAGUGCACACGUUUCGCACCUGUAGCGCAGUUCGCUACGUUUUGGAUCACGACAUUUAAGGCGCGCAUAGACUGUAUGAUUGUAGUUCUAUCACGAGUUCUACUUCCUAGACCUUCGUUGUACGAAUUAUCAGGUGGUAACUUUAAUUACACAUCCUCUUCGGAAUUUACGGCAUGGUGCGCACAUUGCAAUCCAGAUCCGCCUCGCGUGAGGGAUAAUUUCAAGUCAUGAAUUAACUACCGUGGACGUCCAGUCUAUCAUAGAACCAAGCAAGACAGCGUCGGCCCAUACGUAGUAAAUCGCAACAGUCAACGCCAGCAGAAUCGCGGACAAUGCCAGAGAACAAGCCGUCAGGGGUGGUGAACGCAUAUGAUCAAGCUCGUUUUGUUCUUUUCCAGCGGACGCCGGAUUCGAGCACUCAUCUGCCCACGGGAUCUUCUGAUUCAUGUCGUUCAUUAUUUGAGUAGCGACGAUCUUGGCGCCAGCCAGACAGAUGGGCACGCCCGUUCCAGGAUGUGUGCUUGCUCCUACAAAGUACAAAUUGCUGAUGCUGGCAUGUCUGGUCUUCGGUCGGAAGCUCAGCACGUUAAAGAAGCUGUGGCUCAGGCCAAGGAUUCCCCCACGAUCCAAAUUGAAGGCCUGUUUCCAAGUUGAUGGAUCAUUGAUCUGCUCGUGGAGAAUUAAAGACCCUAGGUCGACACCCGUCCGAGUCUUGAUCGUUGAGAGAACCUUCUCUCGUGCAACCUUUGUCAGCUUUAGCCAGUCCUGCUUGUGUCCCGAUUUGCUUGGCGUCCCAUUGUCUUUAGACGAGCCGGUCGGGAGCAGGUGCCCGACAGGUACAAGCACGACCAUGCUGUCACAGCCAUCAGGCGCUGCCGAGAGAUCUACUCGACUUGGAACAUUCACAUAGAAUGACGGUUCUUCAGGGAUCAAAUGAUCCCUGAAGAUAGAGUCAAAGCUAUUCCGGUAGUCGUUUGAGAGGAAGAUGUUUUGUGUUUUCAGUUCUGGUACGACUUGGCUUAUUGCCCAGUAGAAUGAGAUCGAGGAACACGAAGUCUUGCGUGUACUUAGGGAGCUUGCGUACGCAGUUUGCGGUAGCAUAUUACUGUAGGCAUAUACCAAGUCUGCAUUGCACACCACCAAGUCUGCACGCAGCGUAGAGCCAUCUUCAAGCUCAACACCUGUGGCCCUACGUCCGUCCGGCGAAAGCGUCACUUGAGCGACGGGCAUUGAGAGGCAAUAUUCUACGCCCCAGCGAUUCCCAAUAGCAACAAGGCCAUCUAUGACUUUGUCAAAGCCGCCACGCGGAUACCAUAUCCCUUCGGCUAACUCCGUGUACUGCAGGAGACUGUACGUCCCUGGUGCGUCGAACGGGCUCAUGCCCAUAUACAUGCUUCCAAAUGUAAACACUCGCCUCAUACGCUCGGUCCAGAAGUAUUUGCUCGCCCGUCUAUAUAUAGACUCGAAGGGAUGAAGCUCGAGCAAGUGCCAAAAAAAAAAUCCGGGCGGCACAUGAUCAACAAGGACGUGAAGUUCUUCCGCAGAACGUGGGUCACGCUAAGCUCGUAGUGCCGGUGAGAUUCCUGCAAGAACGAAAUAUAUCGCUCGAAGCCAUCCUUGCCCUCCCAGCGUUCAAUUUCGGCCUUCAUCUGCGCCAAGUCCGAAGACAUCUUGAAUGACGCUCCGUCGUCGAACCAAAUGUGGUAGUUGGGUUCGCAUUUUAGCAACUCGAUCCCUUCAGCCUCGAGGCUGCUGCCAAGAUCGCGAUACGUAUCCUGGAAUAGGUGUGGCAACAGGAGCAGUGACGGGCCUUGGUCGAAUCGCUGGGCCUGGGUGUCAGUUGCAAGUUUGAUUUCGUCCAGCCGGUAGGCAGUCACUAAAGCUCUUACAUAGCCUUUAUGGUUCAGCAAUGAACAUCGUCCACCGGUGAAAUGAUUUUUCUCCAGAACGAGUACCUUGAACCCAGCUUUGGCGAGUCUCGCUGCAGUUGCAACUCCACCCACGCCAGCACCUAUUGAACUCUCGUUAGCGAAGACGCAGCCGCUGAAGUGGCACAAAAGCAUUCACCAAUAACAAUGGCAGUCUUUCCACUCAUUUUCUCCUUGCACAUCUCGCCAUCGCUGGCGAAGGUCUGGGAUAUCUACAUUUUGGCCGCUGAAUUUCGUCUUCAGAAGCAUGGUAU